AAGAACCACCCGGACAAGCAAGCGCCAUCGCUCGUCGCAAACGCGCCCUAGCGCGUCGUCUGGCCGUCGUCAGUCGUAUACAAGAUGGCUUCAGGCAGCGUCAACCCGGAGCUGGUGCGCGAACGUGCGGCCGCUAGUUUUAAUAUUCGCGAAUUGACACACCUUCUGGACGGCGGCAGCGAGAAGACUGAACGCAGAAAGGAACUAGAGAAACUCUUCCACGAGGACCCAGAGUUCAGAACCGAUGUUCCACAGUGCUACCUUACCUACUCAGAGGCAUAUGCAGAUGCACUGCAAAAAUGUCUCAAGAUUUACCAAAAAGCUAUGGUCCUCUCUGAUCCCAGGGAAAUCUUGACUGUUGCUGAUGCAAUCCUGCAUGACUCAACUCCCGUCCAUGUGCAUUUUGUCAUGUUUGUUCCGGCUCUUAUGGGUCAUGCAAACGAGGAGCAGCAGGCGAAGUGGCUCUCCGAUGCCCUCACUAUGAAAAUCAUUGGGUCCUAUGCACAGACUGAACUUGGUCAUGGAACAUUCAUUCGUGGACUUGAAACACGGGCCACCUAUGACCCCGAACGAGAGGAGUUUGUCCUGCACACACCGAACCUGUCCUCCAUAAAAUGGUGGCCUGGAAGCUUGGGCAAGACUGCAAACCAUGCAAUCGUGCUUGCCCAGCUGUACACAAAGGGCAAGUGCUAUGGCAUUCACCCGUUCAUGGUGCAGAUCCGAAGCAUGGAUGACCACACUCCGCUUCCAGGUAUCACUGUGGGUGAAAUUGGACCAAAGAUGGGAAUGAGGGCUGCUGACAAUGGUUUUCUAAAAUUGGACAAUGUUCGUAUUCCAAGGGAAAACAUGCUGAUGAAGAAUGCCCAGGUAACAAGAGAAGGUGACUACGUCAAGCCUGCAAGCGACAAGCUCAAUUACGGCACCAUGGUGUUUGUGCGAGUACUUCUUUUGGACAUGUUUGCCUUCAACAUUGCGCGGGCAUGCACAAUUGCUGUCCGAUACAGCGCAGUGCGCAGGCAGUCUGAAAUUACUCCGGGGCAGGGCGAAUGCCAGAUCCUGGACUAUCAGGCACAGCAAUACAAGCUCUUCCCUCUGUUGGGCCUGUGCCACGCCCUCCGCGGCAUGUUUGCCAACCUCAUGGAGCUUUACAAGCAGGCCAACCAAGACCUCGAGCAGGGAAACCUGCAGGCAUUGCCUGAGCUGCACGCCAUCUCAUCUGGCCUGAAGGCCUUUUGCUCAGAAAUGGCAGCUAAGGGCAUUGAGACUUGUCGGCUGGCCUGUGGUGGACACGGUUUCCUCCUCAUCAGUGGCCUCCCUAGACUUUACGCAACCACAGUUGCUGCCUGCACGUACGAAGGGGAGAACACAGUCAUGUAUCUCCAGGCUGCGAGGUACCUGCUGAAGUGCUUGGCUCAGCCCCACCAGGUUUCGAACAGAUCAGCCUUCCACUUUCUGCUUGAGCCCAGCACACUGAAUGUGGCUCCUUUCAAUGCCAAGCUGAAAGGGCAGGCAGCUAUCAGGCAGCUCAUACCAUUCUACCGGGCAGCUGCAUACAAGCAUAUUCACCGGGCUCAUAACAAAGUGAGGAGUCUGGUGAGCACAGGACUUACCCAGGAGGUAGCGUGGAACCAUAGUCAGGUUGACCUGAUCAUCGCAUCCAGGGCCACUAUCUACUACUACAUGGGCCUGAACUACCUCGAUUGGUUGGAGCAUGCCGCCAUAUCUGAGCAGCUCAGGGACGUCCUGAUGAGGGUGUGCCAUCUGUACCUGUUGCAUGGCAUCUACGAGCAGCCGGGCCUCUUUCUUGUGGCAGGCCUGAAGGAAAAGAACCUGGAAGAGAUGUCUGGCAUCAUCACAGAACUGUUAAAGAGCCUGCGGCCCGAUGCGAUUGCCCUGGUGGACGCCUUUGACCACCACGACAUGGUGUUGUGCAGUGCACUCGGCUCCUAUGAUGGCCGGGUGUACGAGCGCAUGUACGAGAGUGCCCUCAAAGCUCCUCUCAACAAGACCCAGGUGCACGAGUCUUACCACCAAUUCCUGGGCCCUCUUAUGAAAUCAAGCCUUUGAAGAGGACUGCUCACCUUGCAAAACACUUCUCUCUUCCAUUCCCAUUUCUCUUGUACAUGAUGUGCAGCUCCUUCUCAGUUUUAACCUAUCAGUCACGUGUUUUGUGACAGCUCCUUGGUUCGGUUGCUGUACUCCUUUAGUAUUUUAUCUCCUUAACGAUAUGCACACUUUUUUUUAGAGCAAAGCACAUUCUCAUUCUUAGUUUGUGUCGAUGGAGUAUUGCCUUUCAUAGACAGGUGCAGAAAUGUGCUGUAUGACUAAAAUUAUUUAUCAUCUACAGUACUUGCGGGAAAGCUGAGUUUCCUCGCACGCGAUGCAAGUGUUACUGAACUGAGAGGUGCAGUCUGCGCUCGGUGCUUGCAUACUCUCAAGACAAGCGUGUGCAUAAGCUGCAGUGGAGCAAUGUUCUUCACUGCUUAUACAUUGUGUAGGUUUUUGCAGUGGCUGGAUGCAUGGGCAUACAAGGUGACAGGUUGAAUUCUACCUGAUUUAAGAUGUAGUGCAGAGACAGAAUGAAGUUCGUGCUUAUUAUUUUACAUCAAUCGAAUAAUGUUUGCUCAACUUGCUGUGCGUGUACAGCUCUGCUGUGAACUUGACAUCAUGAUUUCAACCAGCUGGGCAAAGCUCACAGGAAUUUGAAAUCAUGCUGGCAAAUUUUAUGAUGUACACUUGCACCUAAGUAUACCAGAAGCAUUUGCAUCCUGCUAAAACAGGAUGCUGUGUACAGCCAAUUUAGGGCUAGCUUUGCUGUCGAGUGCCAUUCUCUGGCUGGGUGCAAACCAAAAUAUAUCUCGCUUUGUACCCACAAUGUCAUUUGCGUUCAGGAACCAUUCAGGAGGGAGACUCGCUACCCAUAGUUGCAAAUGAAGGUCACAUUCGAACUAGCAAACAAGGAAAUCGACAUUAAAAGGCCGUAAUGAUAGAUUUACUUUCCGAUGUCAUUGUGUGGACCUAUAAAACUGUGAUUUUGACAGCAAAAUGAAGUGUUGCUUUCUCAAAAAGUCACAGCUGGUGGAUAUUUCAUGUGGUUUCCCGUAGUGUUAGAUUAACGCUGCUUUUAUAAAGUUCUGUAUAGGGAAGAUGAGCUGAAGCUAAGUGUUAUUGCUGAAGCUUAAGGUUGUCAGCAAGGUUCAGCCUCCAUGUAAGAAUCUGCAGCCCAUGUCAUAAGCAGCUACUGCAAACAGUCACGUUGUCUUACGUAAUUAUGAUGGCCACCACAACACCUUGUAUGCAUGUGCAUGCAUACUUGUGCCCCUGGGUAUUGUGAUAAAUACUUUUGAUUGUUCAAUGCCUAUACAUCUGGUCUUUGUUCAUGCACAUCUUUAUGUCCUAGCCACUGUUGUUACUGUGCUAUAAACAAUCUCUUUUUCUUUAAUGAAACAAAGUACCACCAUAUAGCACAAUGUGCUAGCAACAGAACAAAUCGUAAAUUUUGUAGAAUCAUUGAAGAGUAAAACGCUACAAUGUCGUGUUGCGGCCUUAUGUACAUGUUGUAAUACACUGGGAAGCUUUUUACUCAUGCUUAGAUUUAAGUUGAGGAUGUUGAGGCAACAGAAACACAUUUGGUGACUUGCAAGUUUUUGAACAUUCUUUAAGGCACGCACGGCCUGUCAGCAGGCUCAAAGUCAUUUCCCAAGGAAUGAUAUCUGUUGCUAGGCACUGUUACGGGCGUCUCUGUUCACGUGAUCAAGCUCAGAAGAGUUGGGAGUGGUGCUCCUGUUGAUGUUUUCGUGCUUUGCAAUGACAGAAAUCCUUACAGGGGCCCCAUACGGCCUAUGAGGAAGCAUAUUGCUCUUACCCUCUCUGUUCAAAUACUAGUGAGACAAAAAUUCAUUCACAGGGCAUUCGCUGAACUCAUGCGAAUAAAAUUCAUUGCUUUUGAAGACAAAAGUCAAAUGUUAGUGACUGCUAGGGUUCUAUAUCUCUCAUUAUAAAAACUGAAAAAUAUAAAACUGUUAAAGCAGCACAUUCACAACCCUGAAAUGAAAAGAUUCUAGUUCCAUAAAUAGCAUGCGACAGAGCAUGUAAGACAAAUUUACCCCAUUAAACUAACAUGGUAAAUUCAGUGCAUAAACUACAUAAACAGUGCUUUAUGUUAACUGUAAGUCAAGUUAAUGCGAAGCACUGUCUAUGAUGUUUUGCACCAAUGUUGCUUGCAGAACAGCAGUACUGUCUACUGUCAUGUGGGAUGUGUAAAUUUUGUCAGCUUUAAAUUGCUGUUUACAUAACUAUUCCAUCUGUUUUUGUGGUAAAGUCUUGGUGUUAACACUCUGCUUCAGUUUUUCAAAGCUGAUUUCGGUAAAUUUAGUAAGGGUUCAAGUACAAGGCAUACACGAGCCUCUGGAAUCGGAUUGCCUUUUAAAUUCAAAUAAAUUUCAUUCAAACCAUUUUACUGGUUGUCUAAGAAGAGCAUUCGGAAAUUUCAUACAUUUGUAUUGGGAAGGCAAGAGCUAAAGGUUCCUCGUACCACAGACUGUGUAUAAUGCACUGAAGUUCACACACUCGCAUCAUUGCGUAUCAUUGCAUAUCAUUUGCUGCCAAGCAUUCAUCCAUAGCAAUAACAUGUUGCCUAAGUGGUAUUGCCUUUCAUGCUCGCUUCUACACAUGCAAGGCAUGUCCUCUUGAGAGCUUUUAUACUGAGCAUUGUUUUUUGUGACAUGCAACACAUUCCAAGAGCUUCUCGUAACAUGUUUUUAUAACACGUGCAAUUUUAAGGUUUGUGAUACUGUACUACGUAAUACAAAAUAAAAUGGGUAUUUUACAAACCA